AAUACACCUCUACCGAAACAUCAACACACAGCCAUCAUGGUUGAAACGCCAAACAAGACAGGCGCAAGCGGUGCUCUUUGGACUGAAGGCGAGAAGAUUGCGUACCUAGUCGUGCUUUGCGAGAACGAGGGCAAGAUGGACAGCAAGAUUGCCAAUGCACCCAUUCCCGCGGGCCGCUCCAUCGUGUCGUGCCGGAAGCUACUCAUGCGCCUGAAGGAAAAGCACAAGGACGACAUUGAGAAGAUCAAAAACGGCCAGUCUACUACCGCAGCCAAGGCCCCUGCUUCGCCCGAGAAGGCCAGGACACCCAGGAAGCGCAAUAGCAAGGCUGUCAAUGGCGACGCUGAUGCUGAUGCUGAUGGUGGUGACGGCUCGCCGAGGAAGAAGAGGGCUACACCCAGGAAGCGCAAGAGUACCACGCCGGCUGCUGCUGAAGUGCUGGUCAAGGAGGAGGUUGUCGAAGACGUGGCCAAGGAGGAGAGCGCGGACGACGAGAGUGAGAUUGAGGUGUGAGGGUGUUGGCUAUGACUCUUUUCGGCCGGCUGCUAUCUCAGGAUCUGGGGUUCUCUAAUGGAUAGUCCCAACAGGAUGGCGGGAGCAUGUUCGGGCGAUAUUGAGAGGCGUUCACACGGUGGCCCUGACUAUCGACUCGCAGCUCUCUUCUUGCUUGUUUGCGGUGGCAUGGCCAGCUCAGAAUCGUCGUCGGGCGGCGGGCUGGUGGAUCAUAACGAUUGGAAUGAUAGCCGAAUGGAUGCACGAUGCGAAAGAUGACCUAAUGACAUGGAA